AUGAGUAGCAAGCUUUGGGAAUUUUUCCUGCGCGAUGACGUCGAGAACUUCCAGCGGUUCCUGGCGACCGCCAGCUACACGUCGGGUGGCCAGCGGACUCCGGGCUCUGGAGGUCCUUCUUCGUUCAAGAUCGGGGCAUCCGGAGCUUUAACGCCCUCCUCCCCCGGCGUCUCUUCUAGAGCCAAGAAGCUCACCGGCACCUCUCCCGGUACUCCCGUCCCCGAGCGAGGCGGUAUUUCGCGACCGGGCAAGACUUUGUCUCGCGAAGAAUUGAAUGCACGGGACCAGCAUGGCAGGACUCUCCUCCACCAUGUGGUGUCAUCUACCAAACCCUCGAGUGCUCAAUUUGCUACGUCGCUUCUCGAGGUGCCGUUUCUGGAUAUAUAUGCACAGGACUGGGAGAGUGGGUGGACUGCACUGCACCGGGCCUUGUAUGCGGGGAACGUCACGAUCGCCCAGGCCUUGAUAGUCCGGGACAUGCGUGAUGCAACGGAUUUCAGUAAGCAGGGAACCUCGGCUCAUGCUGGAGGCUUGAUUAAGAUCAAGGAUCGGGAGGGGAAUAGCCCUUUCGACGUUUAUGGUGCCACGAUCACCUCCCGCGACAUCAAGCAGACCGUGUCGUCCCCCGCCCAGGACUCGAUUUUUGCGGACGUGGAUCAUAGCGAUAUGGCAUCUACUACCUCUUCCGAGGCAGACGAUUCGGACGACGACGGCCACAUCGGAAGAGGUCUUUUGAAGCCACGGAUAAAUUUACUCGCUGAUGAAGUGUUCACAUUUGGGAGCAACAAGAACUUGAAUCUUGGCGUGGGUGACCAGGAUGAUCGUCAAUUUCCAGAGAGAAUCGCCUUGACACGCCCGCAGCAUCUCUUGCAGCGAUUCUAUCGGGAUUACCAAAAGAGAAAACUGGGUGGCUAUGGUUCCGAUCUGCACCAUGAGCAGAACCACCCCAAUGAGCUGCCCGCCUUGAUCAAGAACAAGUCCAUCAAAAUCCAAGAUAUUGCCAUGUCGAAGCUUCAUACGGCCAUCCUUACAAAUGACCCCGAGUCCAACCUUUUCUUGUGCGGAUUCGGACCGGGAGGACGAUUAGGCACUGGUGACGAGUCGACCAGAUUUGGUUUUGUCUGCAUUGAGACAGGGGGGCUAGCCAAUCGAAAAAUUGUGGCCGUGGCCCUUGGACAAGAUCACACUCUUGCCAUCACCGAUCAUGGGGGUGUCUUCAGUUGGGGAAGUAACAAAUGGGGCCAACUAGGGUACGGUCUUCCCAGGACCAACAACAAAGACGAUGUGCCGAUUCAGGACUCCCCUCGCCAGAUAUUCAACCCCUUUAAGAAGGAACUCAUACUCGGCGCAGCUGCGUCAUCGAUUCAUUCAGUUGUCUUUAGCCAUGCGGGUCUUUACACAUUCGGUAAAAAUGAGGGCCAACUAGGACUCGUCGAUUCGGAUGCCCGAUCGCUCGAAUUUCAAACAACUCCUCGGCGUGUUGGUGCCUCGCUGUUCAGCUCUGUCAUCCAAAGCGUGUCUGCUACCGACCAAGCUACAGCUGUUCUCCUCCAAAAUCAUGAAGUCUGGGUGUUCUCUCAAUAUGGCUAUUCAAGGCUCUCUUUCCCCUUGGAUGUCAGCUCCAGUUUUAUCAGGAAUAGCUUCAUGACCACUCGUUACGAUGCGUCUGUUAACCACAUCACCAAAAUCAGAUCCGGUGGCAAUACUAUCUGUGCCUUGUCUAGCUCCGGUGAUGUCUUCACAGUCCAAGUUAACAGAACGGAGAACCCACCAGCCUUAACAUCCACAACGAAUCCAGCCAAGAUUCGUAACUCGCUGUCGCAGCCAUCUCGCGUAUGGUCUGUUAAAAAGUCCCAUAUGGCCGUCAGGGAUGUCGAUGUCGGACAGGAUGGUUCCAUAAUAAUUUGCACAGCCAACGGCUCGGCAUGGCGAAAAGAAAAGCGUCGAAAAGCGAAAGGCGGAUCGUCAAAAGAAUACAAAUUUGCUCGUAUACCUGGGCUCUCGCGAGUCGUGGGAGUGUGCAGCAAUGCGUUUGGUGCCUAUGUAGUUGCCCAGCGUGACUGUGACGUGACCAGGGAACAAAUCAACAUUGAUCCAACCACCUUGUCGAAUGACUUAUUGCCGAUAUCUCCGUUUAGCUCAAUUAUAUUGGCAACCGACGGAGCCGACUUGGGUAGCGGUGAGGGCGGUCUAUUGGGCUUGGAACCGGCCAUGUCUAUGAAGACUGCCCUUAUGUCGGCAUCGGAUAUUGAGGCCUUCACUCGACCACUCCAACAUGAGAACUCGCCGGGGAUAGUUUGGCUCAAAACUACUGUUUCGGACGUGCAAAUACCUGUGCAUGAGUUUGUCCUAUCGGGGCGCAGUCACGUCUGGAGGAAAGCAUUCCAUGAGUUUCGGCUUGCUGGUUUCUUUUCCGUGCCGGACGUUCUAGACAUACAGCACGACAAUGGGCGUACCCAGAUUCAGUUGCACGGCAUUGACAUUCUGACAGUCUUGAAUGUCGUGUUUUUCUCAUACACAGAUACCGCGUUAGAUAUUUGGCAACAAGCUCGACACACACCGGGAAGCGCCUCCAGGUAUCGCCAAGUCCGGAAUGAGGUGAUGCGCACCGCUACAUUCUUAGAUCUACCAGCAUUGGAGCGAGCUGCUCGGCUUAUGAUUGAACCUACUAAAUCCUUGAGAAGCGACAUGGCACUUGCGAUACUCGACCCAACAUUUUUUGAUAGUGGCGACGUGAUCGUCGAGCUGAAAGGCGGCUCCCUGAAAGUUCAUAGCCAGAUCAUCUGCCAAAGGUGUCCCUUUUUCGACGCUUUGUUCAACGGCCGCUCCGGUGGUAGAUGGCUGGCAUCUCGCCGUGAAAACGCGACAGGACACAUUAACGUCGACCUGAAACAUAUCGAACGGCCCAUCUUCGAGUUUGUUCUUCGAUACAUGUAUGCUGAUACCGAGGAGGAAUUGUUUGAUGAAGUGCGGACGAGAGAUCUAGAGGACUUUAUCGACCUUGUACUCGAUGUUGCCUUUGUGGCUAAUGAAUUGAUGAUCGAUCGACUGGCCCAAAUAUGCCAGAAGGUGCUUGGCAGAUUCGGUAAGUUGUCAAACGUCCUCAGUACCACUUCGAACAUAUUGCUAAGAUAA